AUGGGGAACAUCGACGUCGGGAAUUUCGAUUUGAGCUUAAGGCCACCACUGACGCAUAUCCUUAGCACCAUGAUCUUUGUUUUUUUCUUCUUUAUGGGGAAAAAGAAGCCUGAUACAAGGACUUCUCUAUAGACAGUCAAAAACUGUAUUGUUCUCAAAAAAUACUAUGAUGUAUUGUUCUCAAAGCAAGAGGAAGAUGCGACGCGGUAGCUCUAAUGAGAGCCGCUAUCACGGUCGGCAAACCUUCGCCAUCGGCUAAGUUGCCUCCGCAUUUGCAAAAGUUUCUGAUCCAGAAGGGGGAGGACUACGUGCCGGAAGGGAGCAGCGACAGCAACUUAAGGCUCAAAUUGAUUUUCAUUCAUUUCCAAGGAUGAGGAUCGAUCCUUUUAUUUGUACGAAACACCUGUGCCUGUUGUGUUCCUCCUUGGAAAUCAAACUGAAGAAACAAAUGGACUGAAUUAGAUAUGUUAUUGUGACUUAGAAUUCGUUAUUAUUUGCCUUCUAAGCAGCGCUGCGACACCAGCUUCUUCCAUAGAGGCCAGUCCAUUAGGUGACGGACAUGGAGACGCGUCGCCGUUGUCGUCGCGAUCUCUCCAAAGAGCCAUGGAUGGACGACAUCGAAUAACCUUCAUUUAAGAAGAUUACUUUUAGCUUUAAAUGUCUCGUCGACAGAUGAAGAUGAAGAACAGUUCCAUUGUUCGCUUAAAUUUCCAGCACUUAAUAUGUUUUCUCCUCUUAAAAGCUUCUUUUCAUGAUUUAAAAGCAAACUUCUUAGAGAGAUCUUUCAAAUAAUAGAAGCACAAGCAAACUUAGAGAGAUCUUGUUUCAAAUAAUACAAAUUUGAAGAUAUUAUUAUCCAAGUAGAAACUUCUUUAUCUUCUUUUCAACAUUGAAAUUUGAAGAGGAUAUCUUCUUCUUUCUGUUCUAAUAGAUUAAACACGGUCGCAUUCAGGUCGACGGGUCUCAUUUACGUCGUCCGUCUCCCAUUCCGGAAGGGAGUCACGAGGAUUCGACAUCGCGAAGCGCUAGGUCCUCCGCGUCGUCCUCUUUAACAGGGAGCAAGAAGGAGAAACAGAAGGAGCCUGUCUUCAGCCGUAGUUCUAUUAAGGGUUUCAUCUUUAUUCCAAAUUGCUAUUCUUGCAUCGUUCAGUCACUACCAUCCUUCACUAGUACCAUCCUUCACUAGUACCAUCCUUCACUAGUACCAUCCUUCACUACCAUCCUUCACUACCAUGCUUCUAAUUCUAGCAGUGAAGUGCCAAAGAUGGAGAAUCUUGGGACCAGUGCGGAGGAAGAAGAAAUCGAAGACGUCGAAGAAAUGGCGGGUGCGAAACGCAGCAAGACAACAGCUGCUUCUUCUUCCAGUACUAGUGCAGCUGCGGUUCUUAGUAAGAACGUUACGAAAGGUCGUAGGGUUGUGUGUGGGAAAGGUUGGAAGGAAUGUCAAGAAUGCAUCUCCAUAGAAGUCAUGAUCCUAGGGACGAUGGUAUUCUCAUACCUGAGUACAACAACUACAGAUGUUUGAUGUAUCAUGUUCAUAGCUACAGCCGCUCCUCUGCCUCAGGAUGUAUAAUUAGGAUUAAUAUUUUCAUAUCUACACGCACACGUUUUCUACCUCUAAAAAUAUUAGCAAGAGCGGCAGUAGAACAACGAGCGUAAAAGCUGGACACGCGAAAAAUUUGGCUACAAGUAAGUUAAGGGCAGUUUUUCACUAUCGGAUAUGUCCCAUGUGGACUAAGAUAUCCACCCCUCGCCCUACUCAAUUGGUGUUGAAAAAAACCAAAUGCUGAGUGGCGCUCCCCCUGAUUUAAAGGAAAAAACAUAAGGGGGGCACAGGGCACCCCGCUCGAGGACUCGGUAUAGUGAUGAAAGACUGCCGCUAAGCCAGGCACAGAUUCGCGGAAGUGAUGGCCGUUUCGUCUCUACCAAAAUGGUGAAGAAGGCGCCCGUAAAAAAGGCUGCAAUAAAAGCACCAAGCCCAAAAAUGAAGACGGUCUCCAUGAAGCAGCAGCUCAGCAAGAACGGGAAACAGACAACUUCUCCGAAGAAAACUGCAACUACUUCCGCCAACACGAAAACAUCUGCAGGAGCUACAACAUCCUGCUCAAAAGUCAAAACUUCUAGUACUGCCUUUACUACUCCUCCUGCUAUGAAGAACGUGAACGCUAUGAUGAAGAGCUCGAACUCCACUAGUACAAUUGCAACCGUAGCCAGUUCUAGUUCAGGAAACUACGCUAACAACGUAGCAGCUGCUGCGAUGAAGACUGUGAGUACUAGAACUGUUGCCACAGCUGAAGCUGGGGACGGCAGGAAAGUUAAGGCUACUUCUUCUACACUAUUCCUCUAUAAUUAAUUACACUAUUACAUUUGCGGUUGAUAGAAUAAAUCCUACACAUGCCUCCAACACCUACUCAUACUAUUGCAGCUAUCUGGAGGUGUGGACUGGCUAUCGCUAUGCUGAGUGGACAAUUGCGGUUAAUAGAAUUAUCUUAAUGAUCUCAUUAAAUCCUACACGUACUAUUGCUGCAACCAUCUGGAGAAUCUCACACAUACUCAUACCAAGAUAAGAGGGCUAGGACUAUAUCUAAUUCCGGGAAGUUGAGAGGGAUUUCUAUCUAAAGAGGAAGAACAAGAAGGGAAUCUUUCGACUCAACCAAAGUAUCUUCUAACUACAUUGGUUUUCCUUUCUUUUUUCUAGUUUUUUGCUUUUUUCUCUUUCUAGUUGAUAGGUUUAGGUCGUGCUCCACCACAAUUAUACAGUCAAUCAUCUACAUCUGGGUCGUUACAGCCUUAUAAUAUACGCAUACUUUAGUGAAUAGUACCCACGACUGUGACUGACACCGCGUCUAAGACUGCUGCUAGCAAGGCGUCCUCAAGCAAGGCAACGGUGAGCGCUCGAGGGGUACAAUUUAUCUCCAUGAAAUCCAGCGGGUCAGAUGAAGACGAGAGUACCUUUAAAGGGCCAUCAUUAAGGCUACCACAUAAUAGAGUAGUUUAUAGCACGCAUGGUGCAUGGAGUGCAUGGAGCGCAGAGCUUUAAGGGACGCAAGAAGCUCCCCCUUUAGCUCCAUGCUACUCCAUGGGAUCCAUGCACUCCAUGCCAUGCGAGCUGUGCAACCUUAUAAAUUGCUCUGACAUAAAAAGAGUGAAAUUGAGUUGGGAAGGUCUCAGCUGUUACAUUUUCCCGCUUUUUCAGUCCUAUAAAAUCUAAAUAAAAUGGGCAAAGGGAUGGGGCUUUUUUCUUUUUUCACCACUUUGCGCGGAGUCUUCUCCGGGCAGAUGUGUGUGGCGAUUUCUCCAAGAAUUGAGACCGAUGGGGCCUGUUUGGUCGGUCGGUGAAGCUGGGCACCGCUCUCUCCGCUUUCUGGUUGAGCAGAUUCCGGCGGCACCGUUACCGGCUGGCGCUUUUUUGGUGGUGGUGCCUGGUGUUGAUUGUCUGCAGGCAUUUGGCCAAGGGUUUUGCUGUGCGUCCCAUGCAUUGGCCACACCGUUUUGCUGAAGUUGCCACAGAGCUGGGUGGGCUUGCCUGGUGUCUGUCGAUUUUUCUCUGCCACCCAGGGCCCCAAUGUGGCAGGGCUUACGAUUGUCGUCGACACCAUUUUGACUCCCGACCCCUCUGCGCUCAAGCCUCGGCUACCCAUAUCCUGGCCCCGUGUCGGCCUGCCUGCCGCCGCCAAGGGGUUCCGGAAAGGUCCGGGCAACUGCUGGUCUAGCCCUCGAGAACGCUCACCACCUGGCGACCCUUUUCUUGACGCUUGGUCUGGGCGUCGUGUGGUCGUGUUUGGCGUCCGCUGAGUGUCUUUUUACGGGUCUGUGGCGUCAGCUUUUGGAGCGUCUCUUCGAGCUGAAAGGGUUCCACAAGUUGGCAAAAAAGACCCCCAACGGAACCAACCUCGGAACCCUUUUGCCGGACCUCCGGCCUGGAUGAUGGGCUUUUGUGUGGAUACUAGUGGGGCGAAGGGCUCAAAAGGGGCACUAUAAAAUGCCCUAUAAAAUGGUCUAUAAAAUCGACGUCUGAUCCACGUGCGAGGUGUUUCCUGCACUGGGGUCGGCCUCUUUUCGGGAAAAAAAAUCGAUUUUAUAGAGACCCGAAUUGGGGGUCUGGGCCAGCCGAUCUGGCGCACAAAGUGCCGCCAGCUGGCCCCACUAGUAUGCAACAAAGCAAUGGCCCCCAGAAUCCACCACAGCGGGGGGGGAAAGAUUUUCCGCAGAAAAAUAAACGGAAAAAGUUGCCAAAAAGUUGGGAUCAUCUGGAAGGGCGCGGACUAGAACCAGAAAACCCGUGGACACCAGCCAGCCAAGCCCCCCACCCACCGCCCCAUCGUCACAGGCCAUGCCCGAAACCCACAACCAAAUCGGGCAAAGCGCCACAGCGUCGCGUGGCCCAAUGUUCUGCCUCGAAGGACCCACCGGGCACGCGCUUGCGCUCACAUCCUACAGCACACGCUUUGGGGUGUUUGGUCCACAGGCUGGGCAGACCCGGACGCAGACACAUGACACACCAGGCAACCAACCGGAAGAACGAAGCACCCCUUUCGCCAUCGGGUUAAACCGCAACCAGAUGACCUCUGAAGUGAGGCGCCAGGCCAUCUCUGGGCCACACUGUGGCUGACCUGUUGUCCUCCCCACCCGUCAAGCCAGCAGACCACUAAACUGACGGAAAAUGGGACUACCAAAACCCCUCGAAACACGCUCGAGGGGUGCCAGCUCAGUGGGGUCCAAACAUAGGGGGAAAACCAUGCACCUUCUGCCGGUCUUGGUUUAGCUUUUGUGGGUUGCCGAAAUCCGGCCGCACCAGCUUCGGCACAUCUGAAAAAAAACCACAACCCCCACCCUUAGAAAAAGCAAAAAAGUGAGACACUGCGGGACAUUUUAUUCCGAAAAUAUAGAGGAACACAAUCGGGAAAAAGGUAACAGCUAACACCUUUCCAAAAUUGAGGCUAUUUUUUAGACUUUAGAUCGAUGCAUAUCCCCAAGAACCUAGGUACUAAGUUAGACUUUAGAUGCACAUCCUAGUACCUAGGUUCUUGGGGAAAUUUUAGGCAUUCAGCUUUUGCCCUUCAGAUUCCCUCUUCCUGCUAGUACUUAUGUAUUUCUAUUUGAUUGAUGUUCUCAAGAACACUCUUCAUUGAUUUCUUUUUCUAUGACCAGACCAUGACCAGGGCCAUUUUUUUCUAGUAGACAUGAGAUACUGAGAAUUCACCAGGACUGAAUCUUUUACUACUUCGCAGGGUCUACUUUCAUUCUUUCUCGUUAAUACAUUAUAUGCUAUGACGAAUCUCUUGGAUAGGUGUGCAUUGUAGUCAGAUUCGAGCACUGAAUUCUCUGCUUCAAAGCUGCUUAUAAGCUAUUACAUAGAGGGCUCUACUUGUCGUUGUCGUUGCAUUUUUCCUACCUAUAAAGGUGAGAGUGAGACUCUAGAAAUGCUGUGCUAACAGUGAAACAAAAACUAACACUCUAACGUCACCUCCCAGUGCAGUUAAGAGAGCGUUGGGUUUGGGAAAGAAAAAGUAAGCAGUGGCGUAAACGAUCGGGAAGUUGUACACAAAAAGAACAUUCGCCCGAAUGGCUUGUAUUUCAAAGAUCCCAUGGAUGUCAAGAUGAAUACUGCAGAAGAACUAACUAUUAAGGCUUUAUUAUCUACUAGUACUAGACUGAGCAGUGGUGCUGGAGGUAGUUUGACUUAGAUUGAAUGAUGCGUUAGCAGGGAGCUGGUUCAGUGGUUUAGGGCUGCUUGUCCUGUUCACUGGUCAUAAAGCAUGUCCUCAAAAAUAAGUAGAUCUUCAAUUAUAGAUAUAGAGUAAACUCGAUCAAUUAGAUAACAAUGAGAGGACUAAACUGAUUAUGUAGCGACCGAUUAGAUACCCCACCAGUUGUCAGCAUCAUCCAGUGGAGUAGUAAUUAUGUAAGUAGUGCUGCGCUUGAGCAAAUCAAGAUGCCUCUAAAGAAGCUAGUACACGGACAAGCGAAGAAUCGUAAGCAUGAUAAACAAAACAAUGCACAACAUCGUUUGACCGAACGGAAGCCAGGGGAGCAGUGUCGCUUCAGUAUACCCAAGAGUAUGGCCGGUCGUCUAGUGCACCCAUAUGCUCGAGGAAGUCAUAUCGACGAUGGAUUCAAUGACGAUGUAGCCUGCAUACAAGAUCACAGCAGUGGUUGCAAUGAAAGUUUGUUUUCCUAGACCAUUGGGCAUCAGUAUCUGUAUCAUCAUCAUCGUCAUCAUCGUCAUCGUCAUCCUCGUCAGCAUGAGCAUCAGCAAGCUUUUCUAACUCUGAUAGCAGCAAGAGGGAAGCGACUCGCAUUCGUGUAGUGCGUCAGCACUCAUAAAGCGGAUGUGUGUGGACUCUGUUGAGAUGGAAGAAACAAGUAAAGAGAAUUAAGGCUGAUGCAGAUACUUCAUCUUUGAGCACCAGGGGUUCAAGGUCAUCGUCAUCCCCGGUCAAAAUCAUCCCUGAAGCAGGAUAUUCAUCAACUACCCAGUUGAACUUGAAUAUGUUGCCAAAGGACAUAGAGAAAGACAUCAACUUCAACCAAGUUGAAUCCAUGUGAUGAUGGCAAGGGACAGCUCAAAGAUGAAUUCUGCCUACACCUACGUCUAAGACCCGAAGUUGCUUUUGGACUCGUGAACCUUUUGACUACAGCUUCCUGCCCAACAUCACAUGUAAAACAAGAUGAAACACUUAAUACUCAAAUAUGAUUUAACACUUAAUACGAUUACAAGAAACACUUAAAAAUACAAGAAACUGUUUAAAAACACCCAAUACUACAAGAAACACUAUAUACUAUGUUGAAAACGAUAUAAGUGUCGAUAACAAGAAGACAAAAAGAAAAAGUAGCAACGUAAUAAAGCAUUUAACUGACCAAGUUUACAACUGACCAAGUUUACAACUUCAACAUUAGAACAAUAAAAAGAACUCAACGAAAAAUUAGAAUCGACUGACAUCAUCAGCAUAAGCGAGGCACUUACUAACAAGUAGCUCCUGUAAAAUAGUAGGCUGUCGUCAGUAUUUAAAGGCUAAAAACGAAGUGAGAUCACAAUCAUCGCUUAUUGUUUUCUUGUAGUCGCAUCAUAGAACAUGCACUCUCUGACGCAAUAUAUCACAUUUUUUUGGAGCAGCGUCUCAUGGGUGCCGCCUCUCAUGUGACCUUCUUGCUGCCUUUGUUUGCAACAUAUCCUUCCGAACUGUAAUGCGAAGGUUAAUGCAGUUUAAAAUGCUAACUCAAGGAUGUAAACGCGCAAAAAAUAAACUGUGAAAAUGUAACAUAGUCACGAGCUUUUAAUGGAUGCAUUAUUUUUUCGGGAAACUACUUCUCUAGCAUAAUUUUGGGAUUUUUAUAUAAACGCCAACGUACAGUGAUUGACUCACCUACUUGUUUAUAAUUAAUCAUGACAAGUAUGUCUACAUUAUACAUGGAUGGUUUCGGUAUUUGGUAAGCUGACAUUGAUCGCAAGGAUUCUCUUCCUGUUUUUCCUCGUUCCCUCUUAUAGAUGCGCGGCAGUCGCAUCUGCGGGGAGGUCGGUGCCCUGCGGAGGCAACCUGAUCGGUUGAUUGAUUAAUCAGGCUACCGGAUACCAGAACAAUACAAUACAAUAUAGUCACGACCAUCUUCUUGUCUAUUCCUGGCAGUCCAUGCAACACCUCACAGCUCGAGUGCGAGUCUACUCGGUAUAAUACUUCGAUCCCUGUCCGGCGUCUUCCCCACCGGCGUCUUCCGCAUAUCCAACAUAUUUCAUAUGGGUAAAGUAGGCAUGCAUAUCAUCGCCACAGGAUCAAAGACUACGAGGACUGCUUUGUCAGGAAU